UUUGAGGAAAAAUAAGUGUGUUCCAUUUAAGAAUAAUGCUCUAACACAACACAAUGUGGAGAAAGUGAAGCGCUGUGAAUACUUCAUGGCUGCACUGUACAUACCAGAGUACAGUGCUUGUCCGUGUGCUAAUGUGAGUGUUCUGACUGUACUUAUUCCCCCCAUGCAGAACACACUCCAGCAGGUCCAACUGGUUCGACCAGAGACGGCAGGGGGCGUGUCCGUAGGAGGCGUCUUCGUGUGUCACAAUAAGAAAAUGAGACGGGAGCGAUCCUUGGAAGUCGAAAGGAAGGCCACUUCCACAGCAACAGCUCAGCAGCAGAGGGGGUUUUAUCGUUUUUGUCAUUAUGAAUUUGGGUGUGCCGCCCCACCUUGGGACUGCUGGAACCUCUUUGGUGAUGUGAGACUUCUUCAUCAGUUUUGGGAAAGACUUGACUCAGCGCAGUCCGACAUGAGCGAUGAUCGCGAGAGACGCGGUCCCCACCGGAACCAGAGCCGUGAUGCCAGGCCUCCCGCCAACGUUAAGCCCCGAAUGGGCAGCAAGGAGAACCGGAGGCCGCAACCUGCCCGGGUCAGAAGGUCCAGGAGCAAUGACUCAGACAGCGGGGAGAGAGGACGCAGGACGCAGCGGCACCGGGAGGAGGGAACUCGACGUGGGAGGAGCACCGAGGCCGUAAGACGGGUGAGGAGGGACGGGGACGCCGACCACCACCGCAGGGCGAGCGCGCCGGACAACGACGUGGAGGAAACGGAGUGCGCCAUCUGCUUCUGCUCUUACGAUAACAUCUUCAAGACCCCCAAGCUGCUGGCCUGCGGUCACACCUUCUGCUUGGAGUGCCUCGCACGCAUCAACGUCACCUCCCACGAGGUCAAGACCCUGUCCUGCCCCGUGUGCCGUGAGGUGACUGAGAUCCCCCACGGCCAGGACCUCCCCCGGCUGGGCAACAAUGAGGACAUCAUCGGUCGGCUCCCGCCAGAGAUGCAGAGGGCCAGGUCCAUCCGCUUCAAGCGCAGCAAGGGCAAGCUCUUCCUGAAGAACGCCCCCGCCACGCACGGCGUCCUCACGCUGCCUCACAAGAGCCAGGAGGCCCAGGCCGCCCCCACCGGCGACCUCCGCCUCGCAACCUUGGAGGAGGGCACGGAGCCCGCCACCAUGGUGGACGUGGGCCGGCCCCCCAAUAGGGUCCGAGGUCGCAUGCGCAGGUUUUUCCGCUCCAGCCGGUGCUACUACGCCACGGUGGGGAUCGUCGUCACCAUCGCCGUGUUAUUCCUGCUGGUGGGGGUCCUGGCAUUUAUUAUCAUCCCCAACGUGGGCCGCAGGCCUGGACGACCCGGGAACCAGACAGAGCAGGAAGCGGGAAGGGCUUUCACUCCGAGGAGUCUGACCACAACCUGGGUCGGGCGGGCUGCCGGGACCCCUCACUGACCUCUCUCCGCAAAGCACUGUGGAAACCCCCCCUGAAGAAAUGAAGCAGCGGACAUUUUCUAAUGAAGGAAAACUGCAAAUUGCAUCAAGUCAAACUGUGAAAGCCAUGGACUCCCCAACACCUAGGAUUUAUUGUAUAUUAUCUGUAAAUAUUUAAUCACAAAGUCAAAGUAUUUACUGGAAAGUAAACUUGCAGUAUAACUGGAAUGUUCAGAACAA